AAAAGUGGAAAUAAACCAAUUUUCACACACACCUCAACACAAAAACCUUUGUUUGUUUUUUUGGUCGAUUAUUAUGCCUCCACCCUCAUACCUCACUAAACUCCUCGUCCCUUUCCCUCGUGUGUAUCGUCUCUUGCUAUUUCCUUGUUAAAUCUCAUCAAUUUCGCCGCCCAUUUUUACCUACAAAACCCCCUCUUUUCACUCUCCAAAUUCAUAUAAAUCACAAUUUUUUUUAUUUGAUUCAUUUGUUGAUUGGCAAUGGCUUCUUUCACUGUUCAAUGUCCUAAGAUUUCUGCUAUAUUGAAUGCUUCAUCACAGCCCAACACCACUCAUAAUCAGCCACAAGCUUCUGUUUCCUUUCGAUCUGAUUUGAGAUCCACCCCUACAUUGUUCCCUAGACUCCAGGGGUCUACUCGACUCCAAUCUGAAGUGUUUAAGGUGUGUGCCCAGCUGAAUGAGGUUGUUAUCCUUGAGAAGUCUACCAAUUCAAAACCAGUUUCUGAAAAAAAUGAAGAGGAAGUUCCAAAACCUGAGCCCUCAACUGCAGAUGCUUCAUCCAUUCAAGAAUUCAUGUCUCAAGCUGCCCAUCUCGUUAAGCUUGUGGAUUCGAGGGACAUCGUGGAGCUGCAGCUAAAGCAGAAUGACUGUGAAAUCGUCAUAAGGAAGAAGGAAGCAAUGCCCCAACCACCCAUUGCAGCGGCUCCCUAUGUUAUGGCGCCCCCUUCUUUUUCACAUGCACCACAAUUGCCUCCUGUGAGUGCCCCUGCCCCUGCCGCUGCAUCUCCAGCAUCUUCUGCACCUGCACCUUCAAAGCCUAAGUCAUCGCAUCCUCCACUCAAAUGUCCCAUGGCUGGGACAUUUUAUCGUUCUCCAGGUCCAGGGGCCCCACCUUUUGUAAAGGUAGGAGACAAGGUCCAGAAGGGACAAGUAAUUUGUAUCAUUGAGGCGAUGAAAUUGAUGAAUGAGAUUGAGGCUGAUCAAUCUGGAACUGUAGUGGAGGUAGUAGCAGAGGACGGUAAGCCUGUUAGUGUGGACACGCCGCUGUUCAUCAUUGAACCAUGAGGAAGAGGGUGCAGCCUUGUUAUCUGCUGUUAACAUAGGUGGAGUCAAAUAUUGAGAUAUUUAAGUGUAGUUCAGCUGUACCGUCAUAUUUAUAGAUUGUAUUUGGAGUUCAACUUGUUCUGCUCAACUUAAUUAUAAUAUCCUUAUCCAAGUUAUUUCAAAGAUGUUGCCCGUGUGGACUCUGUUUCUGCUUAAGAUUUUAGAUGACCAUGUACAGGAGAGAGUUUUAUUUAUAAGUUGAUGCAACUGAAAGCAAUUCUCUUGUUUA